AUGCAGUUUUUCAAAUGCCUUAUUGCCGUGUCAGCGCUGGCAUCGUGUGCACCAAAAGAUGUCCGCGCGGAGCAGCAAACAGACUCUCCGCUCGAUCAGGUGGCGGCGGAACAGCAACAGCAUUCUGUGCAGCAAUUGCAUGAAACUAAAUCCGGAGCGCAGAAUAAUUCACAGCAGCUUGUAGUGGAGACGCAGCACUGGCCACAGCGUCGGAAGCCAUCACAGUCAAAGCAGAGGCAAGUGACGCAUGAACACAGCGUGCAGCACAUACGGCCACAACGGAAUGAAGAUUUUCAGGAGGCGUCACAGCACACAGCACAGAGUAGCUAUGACCUUGUUUCUCCGUCACAGCAGGCACUCUCUAGCAACAACAAAAGUCAGCCGAUUUCCUUCAAUAUAGAGUUGUUGCAGUCUCCAACCUCAGCGCCCCCUUUGGCUGUCUCCCCUCUGCCACCUCCCCCAGCCGCCUCCCCCCUGCCCCCCGUGGCCCCCUCGUCCUCACCCUCCGUCUCCAGGCAACCCCGCCCCCUCACCUUCAAUCUCCGACCCCGCGGGCGUCGGGUGAGAUACCGCCGCCCGUACCCUAACGAGACCAUAGCGGCAGGAGGCGCCAGCAAGCCAGGGCCACGCCCACGCUAUAUACGCCCUCCAACACGCCCUCAGGUUACUCAGGGAGAAAAGGCGUCGCCGCAAAGGGCGGAGAUCCCGCCAGGAUCGGAAUCGGACGAUGCAAAGCCUCCUAAAGCUGGUCCUCCAAGGGGCGCUAUCUUGGGCACCCCUACGACCCUCUCCCCUCGGGCCCCCGUCCGCCCCAAAGGCCCCUCCGCGGCCCCAAACGGCACCGUCCAAAGGUUAAGGAAGGUCCUCUCCCGUCAGCAGACCAGGUCCCAGGUUCUCCCCCCUCCGUCUGCCCGAACUAAGAGCGGGGAAUUUGUCGACGCAUCUGAAGGCACUUCAGGCAUCUCACUUGUCUCUGAAUUGACCAGCGCCUCUGCCAACAUCCCGCAGAUUGCUGCCAACACCUCGAAGGCCCCUGACAACACCGACCUGCCUCCUGAUCCGCGGAAAACUCCCCCGUAUUCCCGCGUGUCGCUCCACCGGCCUCCCACUGUGGGCACUCGCGGGGAUAUCAGGCCGCCCACAACUACGCCCACCGUACCUUUCCUUUUGGCUGCCGCGCCCACAGCGCCCGUCAUACCCAGCACCAAGCCGCCAACGCAAGCGACUUUUCCCAAUACCAUAGCAGCAGCUUCUACAAAGACAGAUCAUAGGACGCCAGCUGUAGUUUAUGCCGUCACGCCAGCUGGGGAUUUUGUCACAACCACGCCCGCGCCCUCGAAUGAUGCCCCUGCCCCUGGGAACACGUAUCGCCAAGAGAUUGACUCGGAUUUGCCCGACAUUUACACGUCUUACUUGGCCGGCGCCGACGAGCCUUCUCGCGCCAAAGCUUCCGCCGCGACCUCGUCGGCGUCGAGCAACUCGUCGUCCCCCUCCCCUCCCCCUCCCCCAGCCAGCACGAAGGCAGCGCCCCUGAAGACCUCUUUCGCCGCCCCGCCCGUCUACAAGGGCGCCCCCGUUAGCCCCGCCCGCGUGGCUUCCCUUCGGAAUCUCAGCCUAUUCGGGGAAGCGCCGUCCUUCGCCCCCCCCGCGGCCGCCGUCCCGCCCUCGCUGCUGGGGCUCAGGGGCGGGGCGGGCCUGCUGGGGCUCGGCCAGGCGGCUCAGCCCCAGCAACAGAGUCCAGGCCUCGCGGGGCUCGGGUACCUAGGGCUUCUGUCGGGGCUGGGCGGGCUGGCCAGCGCGCCCCCGACGGCGGGCGCUCCCGCCUUCCCCUCGCAACAAGGGGCUGGUUUGGGGCUUCCGCUGGGGCUCUCCUCCUUCGGCUUGGGCGCGCUCGGCCUCGGAGACCUGGGGCUGGGGAACCUCGGGACCAUCAGUCCCCUCCCCAGCCUGGAGGGGCUGGGCCUCUCAGGUGGCCUACCCGCCGCAGGGCCCAGCUACGGCGGGUCUGCCCCUGGGCUGGCGGGGCUGAUGGGGCUGGGUCACGCGGCCAGCGGCGCCAAUGCAGGUCUGGGCACGGUGGGCGCGCUGGGCUCCCUCUCAGCCCUUGGCCUGUCCCCGGGCAGGCUGCGAGACGCCCAGCUCAACCUCGGCGCCGCUGCGUCUGUCGGCUCCCUCCCUGCCACGCCCCUUUCGCUCAACAGCGCGCCUGACUCCGCCCACGCGCCCGCGGAAGGCGUGGUCGCUCCGCCUCCGCCAGCUGUCCCUUUGGGCGGGGAAGAGAGCAGGUAG